AUUCUGCGUUUCAUGGAGAAAGUGAGACAGGCGUGAGUUGAUGAGCUCGUCGCAUUGAUUAUCUGUUAUGUGAUUAUUUAUUGAUCAGAGAUGGUGCAGUGGAGUGAGAUGAGUCCACAGCAGUGGCAGGAAUUUGUCAAUCAGGAGGUUUGUGUAACAGCUCACGAACAGCAGCAGUUUGAGGGGUUUGUGUUCACUGUGGAUCCGGUGUCUGCCAGUGUGGUGCUUAUGUCCCUCCAAGAGAAAGAGCGUCCAUCCGUGAGGGUGAUUUUAGGUCACGCUGUGAGAGACGUUCAGAUUCUCAGGAGGGGAACGGAGGAAACCGAAAGACGACUGAAGAGUGUGUUCCUGCCAGACAGAACUCAGGAUCUCAGCUCAGAGCAGCUCAAAUCACGGCGGCAGAAUCUGCGUCUGUGGCUGGAGAAAAACAGAGUCCCGGUGACUGAAGACGGGGAGGUUCUUCUUGUGGCGAAUGUGUUGACCAUCAGCGCCCCCUACGGGACUGGAGACUGCAGCUGCGCCAAUGAAAUCAUACUGGCCAGAAUUCAGAGUCUGGUGGAGAGUAACCCUGGACCAGAACAGUCUCAGUCACAGAUUUAAUCAAUGUAAUCUGAGUAUUGUGCAGUUAUGAUGUUAAUGCAAGAUGUUCAGGGUUGAAAAUACUGUGUUUCCCUGUUUGGGAAGAAAAGCUAUGUUCUGUUACAUUCUGUAGUUAAUACUAGAUCGUGACUGGGAAUUACAUUUUUGCAUUUUAUAAUAAAUGUUUACAGAUAAAUGCAUGAAAAAAACAUUACUCCUUUCUCUUUCAUUCUUAGCACAGGUCUACAACACAAGUUUAAUUUAUCCUGCAGUGAUCUGACUUUACCUGUGUCAGCUUGAUAACACAACAUUCAUAUGAAAGAAUCUUUAUACCUCUCUGGUAGUUUAGAGUUUCGUAAUCUGAAGAUUUAUUUGCAGAAUUAGUCUAAAAGCACUAGUUAGUAGUAGUUAUGUAGCUGACGUAUAGUUUAUUUAUCAGCAGUGUUGGGUGGAAUCUGAUUACAGAGCAGCUGAAAAGUCACUAAUAAUGUGCUGAGUGUAUGACUAGUGUGCAAUGAUCACGGAGGAAAUACAGACAUUAUUUUGUAUUCGUUGAGCGGAAAGUGUUUUAGUAGAAUUCAAUGUUUGCAUCACAUCCUGUCUACUAAGUUGUCUUCAUCUGAUGGAAUUUUAACAUAGAAUUACAAUUCUACCACAGAAUAAGCUUCAAAUGUCCCUAAAUAUUUGCCUGUUAAUUAAUGAAGCUCACUUGAAAUUGUGCUGUGAUGCCUCUGAAGCUGGUUUCACUGCACGCUGAAUGUAAAUAAAGGGGCAUGACAGCAGUAUUCUCCUUCAGAACUUCACACUGGUUUGGUGUCUUAAAGUGGAACUAUAUGAACACCACUGGUCACAUGCUCGAGAAACCUGAACACAUUUCAUGGCUAGCGUAUGGCAUACAGUGGUAGAAACACUUUUAUUCCCUUGUUUUAAGAAGGUGAUCGCUGUUUUCUUUACAUACUUAUUGGCAAAACACAUGAUUUUGAAAAUAAAAGUUUGAAGACAUAAAGGACAA